UUCUCGACGAGUACAUAGCAGUUCUCAUGAUGACCGUCUACGGGAACAACUCUCAAGAUGGAGAUGAAUGCAGUGUACCCGGAAUUAUCGGCUAUCCGGUGAUUGUAGUAAACAUUCUUUCUAUUGUAUUUGGUACAUUUUCAAAUAUUCUACUAUGGUUGGCAGUGUUGAAGAAUAAACAAUUACAUACACUAUCCAACUAUUUUCUUCUCAACCUGAAUACGGCAGACCUCAUCGUUACUGCUAUCACACAGCCCAUGUUUACUCUUCAUAUAGCAUCUUGUAUACAUGGCAAAUGUUGGGAACUUUUAGAGCAAGCGUACGGAAUAACAGCUUAUUUUGGUUGUAUAGCGUCAAUCUUGAGCAUCGCCACAAUUUCCGUGGACAGAUUGAUCGUGCUCAAAUACCCACUACAAAAAAGGACAAUACUAACUAAAAGACGCGGUUUAGCCUUAAUGUCAGUAACUUGGAUUCUCGCUACCACAUAUACGCUGCUAAGCUGUGUUUAUAAACAUACGAAGACCUGGGUCUAUAUUACCUUCGCAUUCUUCACAGUGUCGUACGUUGUCAUGAUAUCCGCUCAUUCGAACACGUACAUGGUAAGUCAUCGUUUUGUCCGCAGACGCAAAGAACAAGCAAGAAGGCAAAGCUCUUUACUUGUUUACCACAGAGAAAGGCAGGCAGCAAAAACUAUCGCGAUGAUUAUGGCCGUCAUCACACUUGCCUGGCUACCUUACGGUUCCACGCUUGUUGUUUACUUAAUAAAAGGUGUGAAGACAAAGGACAGCUAUACUGUUCCCUUGCUUACGAUAGGUUUUCUAAAUAGUUCAUUUAACACACUCCUGUACAGUUGGCGAAAUAAAGAGCUCCGUGUAACGUCGAUACAGUUGCUAAAAUGUCAAGAUCCUAAUGUAAAACGAAGAGAGAGCGCGUCGUCGUUAUAUAUACGAAGAUCAAGAAUAAGCACCGCAUCGAUCAUUUUCAAUGAUUGCAAUGUACAAGUACAGGAUGCAAAUAGCGACGUGAAAUGCGCUUCAAACUAAUUCCUGGUACUUUUCAGAAGCACGCGCAAUGUAUCAUCUUGAUUUUUGAUGAAAAAACAUCGCGUAUUUAUGUUUUGUUUACACAACAUUUGUUAUUGUUGAAAAACAAGGCGACAAAAAAUGUUUUUAAAAAAUGUAAUUUGCAGAAGUAGUGAGAACGGACAUUAAUUAUUAAGUGUUAUAAUUGAUAAGAAAAUCGUUCUGAAUUAUUCAAAUUGAUAAUAAAUCGAACAAUUCACAAUCAAAUGCAAAA